GUGGGCUGGGGACAUGGGUGUUGCAGGGAUCGUGACAUGGUAUGGGGCACAGGUGAUGUGGGAUGGGGACAUGGAUGCCAUGGUGCUCAGGACAUGGGUGCCAUGGGAUUGGGAAGAAGGUGACAUGGCAUGGGGACAUGGGUGCCAUGGUACUGGUGACAGGGGUACCAUGGGAUGGGGACAUGGGUGACAUGGUACAGGUGACAGGGGAACCAUGGGAUGGGGACAUGGGUGACACGGUACCGGGGGAACUAUGAGAUGGGGACACGGACGGGUAACACCGGGACGGGUAACACCGGGACGGGUGACACGGGUGGGGACACGGCUGCCGCUGCCCGUCCCCAGCACGACGUGGAGCUGCCGGACCCGCGGGGCCGGACGCCGCUGGAGCUGGCGGUGGCGCUGGGACACCUGGAGUCGGUGCGGGUGUUGCUGCGGCACAACGCGAACGUGGGCCGGGAGAACGCCGGCGGCUGGACCGUGCUGCAGGAGGCCGUGAGCACCGGGGACCCCGAGAUGGUGCAGCUCGUGCUGCAGUACCGCGACUACCAGCGGGCGACGCGGCGGCUCGCAGGCAUCCCCGAGCUGCUCAGCAAGCUGCGGAGGGCCUCCGACUUCUACGUGGAGAUGAAGUGGGAGUUCACCAGCUGGGGUGAGCGUGGGCCCGGGGUGUGGGGUACCCACCAGUACCAUGGCACUGACGGGGUGUACCCGUGUACCGCAGUGCCGCUGGUGUCCAAGGUGUGCCCCAGUGACGUGUACCGCGUGUGGAAGCGCGGUGAGAGCCUGCGUGUGGACACCACACUCCUGGGCUUCGAGCACAUGACGUGGCAGCGCGGCCGCCGCAGCUACAUCUUCAAGGGGGAAGAUGAAGGAGCGGUGGUGAUGGAGGUGGACCACGACAAGCAAGUGGUGUACACGGAGACACUGGCACUGGCCCUGCAUGAGCCGGAGCUGCUGUUGGCGGCCAUGCAGCCCUCCGAGGAGCACGUGGCCGGGAGGUUGACGUCCCCCAUUGUCUCCACGCACCUCGACACCCGGAACAUCGCAUUCGAGAGGAACAAGUCCGGGAUCUGGGGCUGGCGCUCGGAGAAGAUGGAGGUGGUGAGCGGCUACGAAGCCAAGGUGUACAGCGCUAGCAACGUGGAGCUGGUCACCAAGACCAGGACCGAGCAUCUCUCCGACCAGGACAAGUCCCGCAGCAAAGGCUCCAAAACCCCCUUCCACUCCUUCCUGGGCAUCGCGCAGCAGCACAGCACCCACAAUGGGGCACCCGUGCUGCAGGCUGCCAGCCCCACCAACCCCACUGCCAUCACCCCCGAGGAGUACUUCGACCCCCACUUCGACCUGGAGACCCGAAACAUCGGGCGCCCCAUUGAGAUGUCCAGCAAGGUGCAGAGGUUCAAGGCCACACUGUGGCUGUGCGAGCAGCACCCGCUGUCACUGGCGGAGCAGGUGACCCCCAUCAUCGACCUCAUGGCCAUCUCCAACGCACACUUCGCCAAGCUGAGGGACUUCAUCACCCUCAAGCUGCCCCCCGGCUUCCCUGUCAAGAUCGAGAUCCCCCUGUUCCACGUGCUCAACGCCCGCAUCACCUUCAGCAACCUCUGUGGGUGCGACCAGCCCCUGGGCUCUGUGCGGGUCUGUGCCCCCCCACAGCCCCCCGGGAGCAGAGGUUGGCCCUUCCCGUGCGAGGUGGAGGAGGGGGUGUUCGAGGUGCCCGCGGGGUACACGGUGCUGGGCGCCGGGCGCAGUGAGCCCCUGCGGGACGAGGACGAUGACCUCCUGCAGUUCGCCAUCCAGCAGAGCCUGCUCGACGCCGGCACCGAGACCGACCAGGUGACGAUCUGGGAGGCGCUGACCAAUACCCGCCCGGGCAGCGAGCCGCCGGCCUAUGACGAGGAGCUGCAGCUGGAGAGGGCCCUGCAGGAGAGCAUGCUGCUGCAGGCCGGCCCCAGCACCGCUGCCCUGCCCGCCGGGACCCCCCCCGGUGCCGGUGCCGGUGCCGGUGGGGAUGGCAGCGGCCCCCCCGUGCCCCCCGGGUACGGCAGCUUCGCGGAGCAGCUGCGCUUGGCCAUGGCGCUGUCGGAGCGGGAGCAGGAGGAGCGGGAGCGGCGGCGGCGGGAGGAGGAUGAGGAGCUGCAGCGCAUCCUGCGGCUCUCCCUCACCGACAAGUAGAGCUCCGGGUGCUCCGCAUGGGACUGGGGUGACCCACACGUGGGGGCACCCCGAUGGCGUCGCCUUGGGGACGUCAGGCGUGGGGUCACCCUGGUGUGGGCAUCGUCCCGCAUGGGGACACCCCAACUCGGACAAGGCCAGUGCCGCGAUGGCACCCCCAUGUCGGGACCCCCCCGGAUGAGGGCAUAGCUCCCACAUGGGGGCAUUGAUCCAGGGAUCCUCCUACCCCAGGACCUGCAACCCAGGGAUCCUCUCCCUCCAGGCUCAAAUCUCAGCCCAGGCACCCUGAUCUGGGGACCCCCCCCCACCCCAGGGACACCCCUAUCCCCAGGAUCCCCACUCUAGGGACCCCCUCUUGUCUUCAGUGUUGUACAUUGGGGGGCAGGACGGAGCUGGGGGGCACUGUGGGAUGUGGCUGAACCCCAUUUAAAGGCAUCUUGGGGUUGGGUGCUGGGGGGACAGGCAGGGAACCCCCAGGCCUCAUCC